AAAAAAAAAAAAAAAAAAAAAAAAAUAGCUAUUCUUCUAUUUUAGAAAAUUUCCUUUUUAUUCAUUUUGUUGCAUAAAAUGGUGUGCAUCUAGUGUCAUUAGAUUUACCUUUUCUUAUUGUUAUUUCAAAAAAUUUUAAUUUCCUUUUUUUUUUAUUAUUCUUCUUUGUAAUGGGUAAUUCAAUUUCUAAAAAAAAGAGUAAAAAAAAUAAACGUGCAGCUUCUAGUAGUGCAAAAGAUGUCACACCACAACGACUUUCAGUACCACGUUUAGAUCUUCCUUCGAAUGAUAAUGAAUAUAGUGUGAAUACAGCUCAAUCUCUUAAUUCUAUUCUCAUUACAUCUUCUCAUCAUCCCCGUAAUCAACAACAACAACAACAACAAAUUUCGAAUUCGGCUUUAUCACAACUGAAUCCAGAUUAUCCUAUCAGCAAGUCUACUAACGAAAAUGAGAAUGAAGAUACAGUUGCUUCACGUGAUGCUUAUAUGGGCAAAGUAGCUAAUCCACAGCAACAUAAACUUUUAGCACAAUCUGAUUUUUGGCCACCACUUCAAAAACCAUCAUUAGAUGUAGAUGAUAAUAAUCAGCUUACUGUGAGUUCUAUGAAUCAACUCACAGUGAGCUCAAUGACCAGUAUAACACCCAUAUCUGUUCUUAAUCAAAUUGAUGAUUAUAUUCGACGUUUAUUAGACGCAGGCUAUCUUUCAAAGGUACCCAAACAACUUUGUUUAAAAAAUUCAGAAGUUACUGCUAUUUGUCGUGCUGCUAUGGAAAUCUUUUUAAGCCAACCUUCUUUGUUAGAAUUAUCAGCACCUGUCAAGAUUGUGGGAGAUACACAUGGUCAAUAUACAGAUUUAUUACGAUUAUUUGAAAUGGGUGGAUUCCCACCUGCUUCCAAUUACUUGUUUUUAGGUGAUUAUGUGGAUCGUGGAAAACAAAGCCUUGAAACAUUUCUAUUAUUAUUGUGUUAUAAAAUUAAAUAUCCUGAGAAUUUUUUUAUAUUACGAGGAAACCAUGAAUCAGCUAAUGUAACAAAAGUAUAUGGCUUUUAUGAUGAAUGUAAACGUCGUUUGAGUCCUAAAAUGUGGAGAACAUUUGUCGAUGUCUUUAAUACAUUACCUAUAGCAGGUCUUGUAGCUGGAAAAAUCUUUUGUGUUCAUGGAGGUCUUUCACCUUCACUUCAUAGUAUGGAUGAUAUCCGUAACAUUCAACGACCUACUGAUGUGCCCGACUAUGGUCUUCUCAAUGAUCUUUUAUGGUCGGAUCCUGCUGAUAUUACUGUCGAUUGGGAAGAUAAUGAACGUGGUGUCUCUUACUGUUUCGGUAAAAAAGUGAUUAAUGAAUUUCUAAGUAAGUUUGAUUUGGAUUUAGUUUGUAGAGCACACAUGGUAGUUGAAGAUGGCUAUCAAUUCUUUAAUGAAAGAACACUGGUGACUGUCUUUAGCGCUCCUAAUUACUGUGGUGAAUUUGAUAAUUUUGGUGCCAUCAUGAGCGUCAAUGAAGAACUAUUAUGUAGUUUUGAAUUAUUAACACCAUCCGAUCAUCCUCUUGCUAAAAAGUAAUAUUCCCGUAUUAUUCUUUUCACUAAAAAAUUUGUAAUCAUUAAUAAAUUAAGCAAUACUUGGUUAAAACAAAAAA